CUGGACUGUCACAUUGUGUGCCAACUUCAUGCGAAUCAAAAACGUGCUUUCCUCGCUCACAUAUAGCGACGAACAAUAUACUCGGUUCUCUUUUCAUUUCAACGUGAAACUGUACACAUCGUUUCAAAGAUGACAUCAAAAGUUUCUCGCGACACUCUUUAUGAGUCUGUCAACAGCAUGGUUGAACAUUCAAAGACCAAGAAACGUAAGUUUCUUGAGUCCGUCGAAUUGCAAAUUGGAUUGAAGAACUACGAUCCACAAAAGGACAAGCGUUUCUCCGGCACUGUCAAGCUUAAGAACAUCCCACGCCCAAAGAUGCAAGUGUGCGUUCUUGGUGAUCAACAACAUUGUGACGAAGCCAAAGCCCUUGACAUUCCAUUCAUGGAUGCUGAAGCUUUGAAAAAGUUGAACAAAAACAAGAAAUUGGUCAAGAAAUUGGCCAAAAAAUACGACGCUUUCUUGGCAUCCGAAUCAUUGAUCAAGCAAAUUCCACGUUUGUUGGGUCCAGGUUUGAACAAAGCCGGUAAAUUCCCUGGUCUAUUGCAACACAACGAAUCCAUGGUUGCUAAAAUCGACGAAGUCAAAGCCACCAUCAAAUUCCAAAUGAAGAAGGUUUUGUGCCUUUCCGUUGCCGUUGGUCACGUCAACAUGACCCAAGAUGAAUUGGUCCAAAACAUUCACUUGUCAAUCAAUUUCUUGGUUUCAUUGCUCAAGAAGCAUUGGCAAAACGUUCGUUCAUUGCACAUCAAAUCAACCAUGGGACCACCACAACGUCUUUACUAAGCAUGUGUACGCUAUCAGAAACGUAUUUAUCUCUUUACGAAGGGAUCUUUUCUUUUCUUGCAAAUCUUUGAAAAUGAUGAUUCAAUAAACAUUUUCAAUUAAAACAAAUCAAA